AUGCAAGACACUCCUGAGUCCAAUGCAACGACGAGACUCAGCCACGCUGAGGUCAUCAGCCCCCAAUCCUCCAUUGCUGGCAGCACUCCCGAAGCACCCCUGGCACGUCCGAGAGUCUAUCUCACCGCCUCUGAGAAUUCAGCUCUGUCCCGGAGAGAGUACUACUCUCCGGAGUAUAUGCACAGCUUGAAACUUCUUCACCACUACUCCACCACCGUGUAUACGACGCUCGUCCGUGAACCGGCAACUAUUGAGAUGUGGAAGCUGAGAGUUCCGCAAAUCGCUUGUGCCCAUGAGUUCUUUAUGCAUGGGUUACUUGCCGUUUCGGCCUUGCACUACGCUCAUAGUCACCCUGAGCAUCGCCAGGAAUUCGCCGUAAUCUCUUCCGCAUAUCAGAAUCUCGCCUUGCAGCAUUUCUCAUCCAACCUCCAAGACAUUAACGAAGAAAAUCGCGAUACGUUUUUUCUAUUAGCAUCGUUCAUUUUUAUCGCGUCUGUUUGUUCCAUUGCAAGCCCUUAUGGUCCGGAGAAGUCCGUGACUUCAAGAGACGUGGCUCAAUCCUUUUACCUACUACAAGGCGUCAGGCAUAUUCUAGAUUUCAAACCAAUAGAGCGGUGGAGAGAAGAGAGCAUCCUGGCGCCUUUGCUGCAGCCAUUUGGCUCUUCAGUGGCAAGAAAGUCCCUGAAUUUCCAACAACGAAUGGAGAAGGUCGCCGACCUAGCACGAAAGCUCCCAGUCGGUCUAAGCGUUAUCAAUGAACGUUCAGCGAGCCUAAUGGCUAUAGAAGCUCUUCGAAGUGCCCAUUAUGAAACCGCAGAUGAACACUCCGCGUUAAGUGCGCGGCGAAUUUGGAUUUGGCCAUUUACCUUGCCCCCAUUAUUUUUUGAAAUGCUUGAGAACGACCACCCUAUUGCGUUGAUUAUUCUCACACAUUUUGCUGCACUGGCCAAGCCUUUUGAGCACCAAGUCUGGAUCACUCGAGGUUGGAGUGCGAAUGUUCUUUCGUUGGCUGGGCGCGUAUUGGAUGAUCCGUAG